GUAUAUGAGUUCAUCAAGCAAUAAUUUGAGUAUACAAAGAAAAAUAAAAUAAAAAUGGAUAGCCCAAGGAAGAAGGAAGGUGAGUCAGUGGUUGACCCUAGCACCACCGUGGGCGGUGGCGUUGAGGAUGUUUACGGUGAAGAUCGUGCCACCGAGGAUCAACUCGUUACUCCCUGGACUGUUUCCGUUGCCAGUGGAUACACUUUACUGAGGGAUCCACAUCAUAACAAGGGACUUGCCUUUACCGAAAGGGAGCGUGACGCGCAUUACUUGCGCGGUCUGUUGCCUCCUGCCGUUGUAACGCAGGAGCUUCAGGAGAAGAAAUUGAUGCAAAGUAUUCGCAAUUAUGAAGUUCCGUUGCACAAGUAUGUUGCUAUGAUGGAACUUGAGGAGCGAAAUGAGAGGUUGUUCUACAAGCUUCUUAUUGAUAAUGUGGAAGAACUUCUUCCUGUUGUAUACACUCCAACAGUUGGUGAGGCUUGCCAGAAAUACGGGAGUAUUUUCAAUCGUCCUCAGGGUCUCUACAUUAGUUUGAAAGAAAAGGGUAAGAUUCUUGAGGUACUAAAGAACUGGCCCGAGAGGAGUAUUCAAGUAAUUGUGGUGACAGAUGGUGAGCGUAUCUUGGGGCUGGGAGAUCUUGGGUGUCAGGGAAUGGGAAUUCCAGUUGGAAAACUCGCUUUAUAUACUGCACUUGGAGGAGUUAGGCCAUCUACGUGCUUGCCUAUAACCAUUGAUGUGGGAACAAACAAUCAGAAGCUAUUGAAUGAUGAGUUCUAUAUUGGUCUUAGACAAAAGAGGGCCACUGGAAAGGAAUAUUACGAGUUAAUCGAGGAGUUCAUGUCUGCAGUCAAGCAGAACUAUGGUGAAAAAGUCCUUGUGCAGUUUGAAGACUUUGCAAACCACAACGCAUUUGAGUUGUUGUCCAAAUAUAGAACCUCCCAUUUAGUGUUCAAUGAUGAUAUACAGGGGACUGCAGUCGUGGUCCUUGCAGGACUUGUUGCAUCACUUAAAUUACUUGGUGGUAGCUUGGCUGAUCACACAUUCUUGUUCCUUGGUGCUGGAGAAGCGGGGACUGGCAUAGCAGAGCUUAUUGCUCUUGAGAUAUCAACAAAGACAAAUAUUCCUAUCGAAGAGACUCGUAAGAAGAUAUGGCUUGUCGACUCUAAGGGGUUAAUUGUUAGUUCUCGUAAAGCAUCCCUUCAGCAUUUCAAGCAACCAUGGGCUCAUGAACAUGAGCCUCUUUCAACUCUCUUAGAUGCUGUCAAUGCUAUCAAACCAUCAGUUCUAAUUGGAACAUCUGGGGUAGGACAGACAUUUACAAAGGAAGUAGUUCAAGCUAUGGCAGCCAACAACGAGACACCGCUUAUUAUGGCUCUCUCCAACCCAACCUCACAAGCAGAGUGCACUGCUGAACAAGCUUACACAUGGACCAAGGGACGUGCAAUAUUUUCUAGUGGAAGUCCUUUUGAUCCUUAUGAAUACAAUGGCAAACUCUUCAUUCCUGGCCAGGCAAACAAUGCUUACAUUUUCCCUGGACUUGGUUUUGGGUUGGUCAUGUGUGGUGCAAUCCGUGUUCAUGAUGAGAUGCUUUUGGCUGCAUCGGAAGCAUUGGCUAAUCAAGUAACUCAGGAGCACUACGAUAAAGGGAUGAUUUAUCCCCCACUUACCAACAUCAGAAAGAUUUCUGCUAACAUUGCUGCAAAUGUUGCUGCUAAAGCAUAUGAACUUGGUUUGGCAACACGUCUUCCCCGCCCUGUGGAUCUAGUGAAAUAUGCUGAGAGCUGUAUGUACACCCCCAACUACCGAAGCUACAGAUAAACCAUUAGCUAACUUUCCGUGGUCCGAGUUUCUGAUUUUAAUGAUUUAAUCGAGUGUGUUAUAAUAUUGUUUUUGUUAUCCUUUUGUGCAUGUUGUUAUCUAUAUGUUGUUCUGUGAGUGGUUUAGCACGCGGUUGGUUAUGUGUGAAUGUUAUCUUUAUAGUUAACAAAAUAACAGAAGCUUUUUGCUCACUA